GUUUUUUUUUCCCCCUCCCCGAUGUUGCGUUGUUCGUCUGUUGUCAAUUAUCCUUGUUGUUCUGCUCUCCACGCUCAUCGAGGUGCAGUAGAGCGCGUUUCUUCACUUGCAUUGGUUGUCUGACCUGUCUCAGUCAUCCAUUUUGGUUUUCUCUUGAGCGACAAUGAGUUUUGGCGAUAGUUUGGGCUCUGGGCGGCAGUUUGGCAGCGCAAGCGGAUCGUUCGGCGGUCCUUCCGGCAGCUCAGGUGCGAUGACGAUGCGUUCCAUGCCGCGCGGUGCAGACGGCGAUUCCAACUAUGUCGCCCUCAACGAGCGAGUGAGCAGCAACAUUACCCAAAUCACCCAGAACGUCAUUUCCCUCCAACGGAUGGUCGGCCUGCUGGGAACGGCCAAGGACACCCCCGAGGUCCGAGAGCGCAUGCACACCGUCCAGAAUGCCACACGACGCCUUGCGCGCGAGGCAGGCCAGAGCAUUCGCCAGCUUGGUCUGAUUGACGGCGGCUCGGCCAACGAGGCACGCAGCCGCAAGCAGCAGCAGCAAAAGCUGUCCUCCCACUUGCAGACGGCCCUGCGCUCGUUUGCCGACGUCGAGAAGCUCGCUGCCUCCAAGGAGAAGGCCGAUGUCGCCAAGCACCGCGCACACUCUAUUGUGCCCGACUCGCACAGCGGCCACCCUGGGUUUGACGAGGAUAUGAGCGAAGACACUCGACUUUUGAAUGAUCGGCAAAACCAGAUUUCGGCACUGGAUAAUGAGGUCGAAUACAACGAGCACCAGAUUGAAGAGCGCGAGCGCGGCAUCAAGGAAAUUGAGUCCACCAUUAUCGAAGUCAACGAAAUCUUCAAGGAUCUUGGUGCCAUGAUCAACGACCAAGGCCAAAUGCUUGAUUCUAUUGAAGGCAACAUUGAUCAGGUGCAUUCCCAUGUCGAGCAAGGCCGCGAGCAACUCGAGAGCGCUGCCACGUACCAGAAAAAGGCGCGAAGCAAGAUGAUUUGUCUGCUUGUGAUUGUUUUGAUCGUUGCCGGUAUUCUCACCGCUGUAUUGGUAACCCAACUCAAGUGAGCGUCGCCUUGGAGCUCGUUACGAUUGAUUGCUUUGAUGACACGACUGCCCCCCUGCUUUGCCACGUUCCGGCUGUUGCUGAGAUGCGAUUGGUGGUUUUUUGCAUAUUUUUUCCCUCUUCUCUUGGUUUCUAUGUGUGUGUUCCUGUGAUGCUGGUUUUAAUACAAGAUUGUAACUGUUU